AUUUUGUUAUAAAUAUGAGCUCUGGCAAGAAAGUCAAGACAAAAAACAUUGGCCAUUAUGUCCUCGGAAAGACUCUUGGAGAGGGUACCUUCGGUAAGGUCAAGCUUGGAGUCCAUAUCUACACUGGAGAGAAGGUCGCAGUCAAGAUCCUGGAAAAAGAUAAAAUCAUGGAAGUUGCAGAUGUGGAACGCGUUGCCAGAGAGAUUUAUAUUCUCAAGCUGAUCAGACAUCCGAACAUUAUCCAGCUAUAUGAAAUUAUCGAGACUGGCAAGCAACUAUACCUGAUCAUGGAGUAUGCAUCUGGAGGCGAGCUAUUUGAGUAUAUUGUAAAUAAAGGAAAAGUCAAAGAGCCUGAAGCGGCCAAGUUCUUCCAUCAAAUCAUCAACGGAGUCAACUACUUACAUAAUUUAGGAAUUGUACAUAGAGAUUUAAAACCUGAGAACUUACUUCUAGAUCACAACAAGGAAAUAAAAAUCGUAGAUUUUGGGUUAUCCAAUACUUAUAAGGUCGGAGAGAAGCUCAAGACCGCGUGAGGCUCACCUUGCUAUGCAGCGCCUGAGAUGAUCGCUGGCAAGAGAUACCAUGGAAGCAACGUUGAUAUUUGGAGCUGAGGAGUAAUCCUAUUCGCUCUAGUUUGAGGAUACUUACCAUUCGAAGAUCCUAAUACUGCUCAAUUAUAUAAAAAGAUCUUGUCAGGAAGCUUCGAAAUUCCAAAAUAUGUUUCUACUGGAGCUAGGAAUCUGAUGAAGUGCAUCCUAUCCACUGAGCCUGAAAAAAGGUACAAAGCUGCUGAUGUGAGACAACAUCCUUGGUUCAAACAAUAUAACAAAGGUGCAGUUUAUAUCGACAGAAUUGAUAAUGAAGACAUACCUAUUAAUGAAGAAGUUUUAGACCUUCUCGAAGAAUAUCGUUUUGAUAAGAGACUAGCUGCUAAAUAUAUCAGAGCCAAUAAACACAAUCAUGAAACCACGACUUAUUAUCUUCUGCUUAAAAAGUAUGAGAAGGAGAAUCCUCAGAAGAAGAAAGCAUUGCAGAAUAGCUUGCAGCUAAUGACUGACGAUCAGAAUAUGACCCAGCCUCCGAAAUAUCCGCAACAUUUGUCAGUUAGCCAAAGAGUUGAUGCUGAUUAUUUUGUGAAAAAUCAGUUAAACCAGACUUUGCCUUCUGGGGAGAGUAAAAACAAUGACUCAAUGUCUAUUAACAAGGUUAUUCCUACAUCUGCAAAUGUGCCUAUUCACAAAGUUUAUCUGGAGACCAGCAAAGCUGAACAAAUGGCUGGGAUAAAUGUGUCCUAUGACAAUAGUUUCAACGCUAUUAAGAAAGACAUCCAGCUAACAGUUGGAAGAGGCCAGGCUACUCAGAAAGAAGAAAUGCCAGCAGAUCAAAGUUAUCACAAAGCUGAGAAGCCAAAGCAUAUUGUAGACGAACUCCCACCGAACAAGCCUAAUGAAGCAAUCAUGAUAUCUGAUUAUGUCAAGGUCAAUGAGAGGGGGGAGAAAAAAGAGACAAUGACUCCUCACAGUAACUCUAAAAUAACAAAGAAUUCGAUGGGAACUUCUCAGAAUGAAGCCAAUCUAAACCAUACCAUGCCUGAUGAGUUUAAUAAUUCUAUCGGGGAGGUACAGCCUUGGCAGAAGCUGAGUGCUUCUAGGGUCAAGGAGCACUACAAUGAUAUGAACUCCUCCAGCUUCAGGAGAGACUCUAGAGAUGAGAAGGAAAAGGCUGCUAGAGAUAUCGAAAAAGGCUAUAAUGCUAUGAGAAAUACACUUAAAAGCAAGACCAAACCUGUGUAUAAGACAAAUAAGCCAAAAACUAGUAUUAACUCAUAUGGAGUUGCGGUUUCUAAGAGGAGAGAUAACACUACGAAUAAUAGUUACUCUAGUAGACCAAAGACGAGUAAUCAUUAUUUGAACAACAUUCCAAGUGGCGCUCAGACUAAGAAAGCACAAGUCAAGAGUUUCCUGACCCAGUCUGUUGAUUCCCAAGGGAAGAACAGUUCUGUAAAUCCUCCUGCUAAGAAGCAGAGUGAGACAUAUGAUCAUACCAGAGUAGCUGAAAAUAGCAGAACUAUCGGAAUCGAUGAUGCUAGUACUUCAGUUAGACACAAGAAUAUCAAUCAAACAAACUUCAGAACUAUCCAGGACCAAAGCUCUUCUGUCAGGGAGUCUGAUAUUCUCCAAAGCGAGAGUAUAACUACUCCUACAGAGGUUACUGAUGAUAUGAAGAUCUACCGAGGUCCAUUCUCAGUUUCUUGAAGUACCACAAAAGAUCCUCAAGCAACCAUGAAUGAUAUGGUUAGGUCUCUAGACAUGUUCAGCGUCUCCUUCCAAAGAUUAGGCAAAUACUUCGUUAAAUGCCAAAAAAGCUCAAUUAAGUUCGAAAUGGAGUUGACCAAGAUGGAAAACCUGGAGUUUGUCUACAUUGUCAGAAUCCUCAGGACGAGCGGAGAUAUCACCAAGUAUAGGGAUGUCGCAUCUAAAAUUCUUAACGCCAUGAAGUUGUAG